AUGAUAACGUCUCUUGUAUGGUGGGUAGCCAAAUCAAUAACACAAUCAAUUGAUUUAACAAAAUUACUUUUUACGUUAGUUUUACUGAUACCACCACUAUUGUAUUAUAAGUAUUACAGAAUAUUCAAAUUUUUUUUAUUUGAACAAAAACAAAAAGUCACAAAAGGAAAUAGAUCAAGAGGAAAAUGUCCACCGUUCUUCCCAAAUGGAUGGUAUUGGUUAUUUAACGCUUGCGAUUUAAAAGUGGGUGAUGUUCAAUCGAUAUCUUACUGUGGCCGUGACAUUGUGUUGUAUCGCGGUAAAAAUGGUCAACCGUAUGUAUUAGAAGCGUAUUGUGCUCAUAUGGGAGCAAAUUUGGGUAUUGGUGGACAUGUCAAAUAUGACACAUGUAUUGAGUGUCCGUUUCACGGAUGGACAUUCGAUGGGGAGACCGGUUAUUGUAUCCUGUCGAAAGACGGUACAAGAAGAACAGUUGAUCAAUAUUCAUACAUUGAUAUACAAACAUGUCGACCACAUCCUGAUAUAGCAGGAAAAUAUUUGGAAAAGGUGUUAGAUCAGAAAGAAGUGAAGAUUAAAAAGUAUGUGUGUAGAGAAGUAAAUGGAGCUAUCUUGGCAUGGUAUCAUUCAAAUGAUGAUUUAAGAGAAAAACCAUUGUAUGAUCCAUUUGAUCUAGAAAGCGCCGUCAAAAAAGAGAAUAUGGAGGGUGCUGAUAUUCGUCAUUUUGAUUAUUUACAUGAGUCUAUAUUAGAUUAUGUUCCAUUUGUUAAAUUUCGUUGGUCAAUGAUCACUCAAUGUGCCACGAAUUCUAAUCUGCGCGAAAUAAUGAAACAUGAACAUCCUCAGGUACAAAAAUAUAAAUCGUAUAUACUUGAUACAUAUAUAACAGAUGACAAUCGUCCAUAUAUCAAUGUUAUAUCACUCGAUUGCUAUCUGAGAUUUUUCAGUAAAUAUGAAAUGUUUUUAUUUAAUGCUACGGGCCUUCAGUUAGGACCAGCACUAGUCUAUUUAUUUCUUUGGUCACCAUAUUUUCUUGCCACUUUCUUUCAAACUGUAACACCGAUGGAAAAAUUUAAUCAACGUGUAAUGCAUCGAAUUUAUACAAAUUAUGCUAUUCCCUAUUGGUUAUCAGCAUUGGCUCUAAUGGGCGAAGUAAAACAAUUGUUUUCGGAUAUGAACAUUUGGAAUAAUAAAAUAUUUGGUGCUAAACUUAAUUAUAAUAUGAAAAUGGAAGCGGAUAAAUAUUUGCAAUCAUGGAGAAAUUGGUAUGCACAAUUUUACGAAGGAUGUCAUGAAUAUGAAAAGAAUAUUGAAAGUCUAUCAUGGUAG